AGUCAUUUUUUUCACUUCAUUGAAAGCUUUGUGCGUGAAGAAAAUAAACUUCAAGAAAAUUAAUUGUGAUGCAAUAAUUAAAAAUUUCUCAGCCGUAAUUGCUACCUGUAGAGGUGCCUAAAGCUUUGUUCUCAAGCUUCCCAAAAGCUAAAUAAGAGGAGAGAUUUGUGGGAAGAAAAAGAAAGUUCUCGCUGAAAAAGAUACGAAAUAGGGUUGGUCAGGGACAAGAAUUUCGUGGUGCAAGAAAGCACAAAAGUGUGACCAGAGUGAAGCCUCAAAUAUUGCCCCCGGGAUGUGCGUGACUUGGCCUCCUAGCAGGCAACAACAGUGUGUGGUGGCAUCAUUGAAACGAAGCAAUUAAUAUUCGUCUCGAGUGUGUAAUUGAUUCGGAAUAUCUCCAACAAAACAAUCCAACAAUGUGAAAAACUUCCCACCUACAAGUUUUAGUCUCACUCAACAAUUCGAAUCAACCUCAACGAGCUCCAAAAAGUGCCCUAUUUGAGGCUUUCAGGACUCCCAAAAAAAUCAUCAAGAAAAUUCAUCAAAUAAUUCUCAAACUUGUGGGACAUUUGUGCAGUGUUUGUGCAGAAAAAUUCUUCAUCAUCACGUUUGAAAACUCCCGGAAGAUGCGCGCCACACAGCAUGCGGAUCUAUCGGAGACACUGCAGAAGCACCUCUUUAUUGAGCGCGUCAUCCAAUCACCACCCCCAUCAGCUACACGCUCCACAUUCAUCGAUCCGCGCCUGCCGGAUAUUGAGGAGUUAUCGCUGAAAAUUAACGAUGUGGCCAACUUCAUGACAACCACGGAGCGUGUGCUGAAGCAGGAACGUCGUCGGGAGUCACGACGUGGCUCCAAGACGGGCAUGGAGAUGGUGCCACUCAAGGAGUGCAACACACGUCCCGUGGGGCGAUUGAUGUCUUUCCAGGAGAAGCCCCUGUCGCCACCGCAUUCGGUGGUGCGUCAAACUAAAUCCGGCAGCCCCAAGGGUCUCCGGACGCGCCUCUACUUCCGCAAUGGGCGCGUUGGGUGCGCCGAAGCGGAUGUGGAUGCACACAAUGUUCAACGGACACAUGCCCUGGUGAGGCAUAUCAUUGCCAAGGAGAAUGAGGAGCCCCUCGUACCGCUGGAAUGUGUUAGUCGCAUCCUAUCGGAGAAUGAUGUGCCCAUGUACGAGGAGGAAGUUCCCGAAGUGCCCGUUGAGGCUGACAUUUCAUCCUGUGUGCCCCAGGAUGAGGCAACAACCACCCCCCAGCCUGAUUCCACAAUUGUCAGCAUUCAGCAAAUUUCCCCGCCAAAUAGUCCAACUCCGGAUCCGGAAAAAGAUCAUUUUGUCCGUGAACGGAUGCAGCAUCUUAUCUCGCGCUUCUCUCUGCGUGCGCAUAAGAUGAAGCGGAAGCUGGAGAUCCCCGCAACCCCAUCCAGCAGUGCAAGUUCACCAUCCCUCCCUGGUGGCCCCCCACCGCCAUUGCCACCCUUUGGACCGACACAAUCCCCCAUUGAGGAGUGCAUCCCCCCUGUGAAGAGCCCAGAACUUCCGGCUACACCAACCAAGGAACCCUGCCGCUACCUUGUUUGCCCAACAUUCUGCGGUGGUGGCAAGAACGAUGACGUCCUCGAUCCUCAAGGGCAAUUCUACAUUUCCUGGCUCUUUGUCGUCACAAUGUCCUUCCUCUACAAUGCCUACGUCAUCCCGUUGCGUUCAUCCUUUCCCUUCCAAACGGACGCCAAUACCUUCUCCUGGAUUCUUAUGGAUCUCUGUGCCGAUGCAAUCUACCUGAUUGAUAUUGUUUUCAUCAAGCAUCGCCUCAUGUUUCUCUUGGAUGGCUUUUGGGUGCGUGAUAAAGAGAGAACGCGGCAGAAUUAUGUGAGGAAGCUGCAAUUUAAGAUGGAUAUGCUGUCAUUGCUGCCCCUGGACAUCCUGUACUUAAUCUUUGGCACAAAAGCAGUUCUGCUGCGUAUACCGCGAUUGUUGAAGAUUCAGAGUUUCUGGGAAUUCUUCAAGCUUCUCGAUCGUGUCCUCUCAUCCCCACAUGUGGUGCGUGUGGCAAAAACUCUCACCUACAUGCUCUUUAUGAUUCACCUAACAGCCUGUGCUUACUAUGCGUACAGUGCUGUUCAGGGUUUGGGUACAAAUCGUUGGGUAUUCAGCGGCAAGGGGCAUCCCUAUAUGCGUUGCUUUGCAUUCGCAACGAAAACUGCAACAUCCAUUGGGAAGAAUCCAAAGCCCGAGAAUGAUGGGGAGCUCCUCUUCAUGACUGCUGCCUGGCUAAUGGGAGUGUUUGUCUUUGCCCUGCUGAUCGGUCAAAUACGAGACAUCAUUGCAACGGCAACGCGUUCACAAUCGGAGUAUAAGCAGCUCGUUGAUGAAAUUCUGGAGUACAUGCGUCGCUUGAAUUUACCAACAGAUCUCCGGAGACGCGUGAAGAUGUGGUUCACAUUCACGUGGGAGCAACAGCGAACACUCGAUGAGCGACACAUCCUGGAUUCCCUGCCGGCGAAUCUCAAAACCGAUGUUGCAAUUUCCGUUCACAUUCAAACAUUGUCAAAGGUUCAGCUCUUUGCUGACUGUGAAGAAGCCUUGCUGCGUGAACUCGUACUAAAGCUACGCUCUGUGACCUUCCUCCCGGGAGAUUAUGUUUGUCGCAAGGGGGAAGUUGGCAAGGAGAUGUACAUCGUCAAAUUGGGACAAGUACAAGUGAUGGGGGGCCCGAAUAACGAUGAAGUCCUCGCAACUCUCUCCGAAGGCUCUGUCUUCGGGGAGAUUAGUCUUCUAGCCAUUAAUGGCGGUGGGAAUCGUCGUACGGCUGAUGUACGAUCCCGUGGCUUCAGUAAUCUUUUUGUUCUCUCCAAAUCCGACCUGAAUGAAGCCAUUGUCUACUACCCAGCUGCUCAGGCGGUGCUUAAGCGUCGUGCGAAGAGCCUAAUGCGUCGCAAUGCUGCACGAGAAGCUCAGAGGAAUGCAGCAAGUGGGGAUGAGGCUGAUGUGGUAAUUGAGAAUCCACGGAGGAAGAAGACACCACCAAAACUGCUGCAAGCCGUUAUUAAGGCCUUGCCGCAGGAGAGUCCUGCUGUUACACUCCUCACUCAGGGCUCCAAGAAGCGACGAAAGAAGCACACACUCUCACCACCAGGGCUGCCACAGAAGUGGUCAGAAGUAAAGGAGCGCGUUCUCAAUGGUGGCGUCAAGACACUCUCAUGUGAUCUUCUACUGGCCAUUCAGAAUGAACUCGAGGAGGACACCACAAGUCCAUCAACUGAAGAGAAUUCCUUUGUUAAUCUCACGGAUUCACAGAAGGAACUCAUGCAAAAAGGCGCAGAGCCUGAGUGCGAAGGAGCUCCAUUUGAAGCUGCUGAUGAUGCAACCAAAGGCAACACUUGCGACGUGACGGUUCACAUUGAGAGGGAAUCGUCAGUUAUUUAAAAGAAUAAUUGUUGGAGAUUCAAAUUUAUUUAAAAAAUAUAUUUUCCUUCAUUUUGUGGGUGUUUUGUGGUUAGUGAUUCAAAUUUAGGUGAUUGAAUAAAUUAGGAUGAGAACCAAA